CGGCGGCGGCGGCGGCGGCCAGCGCCGAGGCGGAGGCCGAGGGGCACCGUGCACAGGUCGCCGCGGAGAGGCGUGCGAACUUCGAGUCGAGCCCCGAGGACUCUGCUGCCCUGGCCGGGCCGCCCGCCACAGGCUCCUCUCGGGCAGCAACGGCCGCGCGGCGACCCCCGUCUCUCCGCCUCUCUUUGCCAUCCCACUUCCCUCAGCCUCUCUCCUCCGCGUAGCACGCCCGGCCUGGCCCGGCCGUGGCCCUCCUCGGUGCCGGCCGCCAUGGCAGAGGCGUCCGGCGCGGAGAAAAUCUAGCCCGGGGAUUUCAUGCGGCCUAGCUUGGUUCCGUCUCCUCCCCGCGCCGUCCCGGCGGCUGCCCGCACCCCAGCCCCACUCCGGGCCUCCGUGUCUCUCCUGUGAUCGUACUGACACGGCCGGGGGGUUAGAAUGGAACAAACUGAAGGCCCGAUGAGAGAAAGGGAAAGUUAAGGAUGCUGGAGCAGAACAAUGGAUUUCUCUUUCUCUUUCAUGCAAGGGAUCAUGGGAAACACAAUUCAGCAACCACCUCAACUCAUUGACUCCGCCAACAUUCGUCAGGAGGAUGCCUUUGAUAACAACAGUGACAUUGCUGAAGAUGGUGGCCAGACACCAUAUGAAGCUACCUUGCAGCAAGGCUUUCAGUACCCGCCUACAACAGAAGAUCUUCCUCCACUCACAAAUGGCUUUCCAUCAUCAGUCAGCAUGUAUGAAACUCAGACCAAAUACCAGUCAUAUAAUCAGUAUCCCAAUGGAUCAGCCAAUGGCUUUGGUGCAGUUAGAAACUUUAGUCCCACUGACUAUUACCAUUCAGAAAUUCCAAACACGAGACCACAUGAAAUUCUGGAAAAACCCUCCCCUCCACAGCCACCACCUCCUCCUUCGGUACCACAAACUGUGAUUCCAAAGAAGACUGGCUCACCUGAAAUUAAACUAAAAAUAACCAAAACUAUCCAGAAUGGCAGGGAAUUGUUUGAGUCUUCCCUUUGUGGAGACCUUUUAAAUGAAGUACAGGCAAGUGAGCACACAAAGUCAAAGCAUGAAAGCAGAAAAGAAAAGAGGAAAAAAAGCAACAAGCAUGACUCAUCUAGAUCUGAAGAGCGCAAGUCACACAAAAUCCCCAAAUUGGAACCAGAGGAACAAAAUAGACCAAAUGAGAGGGUUGACACUGUAUCAGAAAAAACAAGAGAAGAUCCAGUACUAAAAGAAGAAGCCCCAGUUCAGCCGAUACUAUCUUCUGUUCCAACAGCAGAAGUGUCCACUGGUGUUAAGUUCCAGGUUGGUGAUCUUGUUUGGUCCAAGGUUGGAACCUAUCCUUGGUGGCCUUGUAUGGUUUCAAGUGAUCCCCAGCUCGAGGUUCAUACCAAAAUUAACACAAGAGGUGCCCGGGAAUAUCAUGUCCAAUUUUUUAGCAACCAGCCAGAGAGGGCAUGGGUUCAUGAAAAGCGGGUACGCGAAUAUAAAGGUCAUAAACAGUAUGAGGAAUUACUGGCUGAGGCAACCAAACAAGCCAGCAAUCAUUCUGAGAAACAAAAGAUUAGGAAACCCCGACCUCAGAGAGAGCGUGCUCAGUGGGAUAUUGGCAUUGCCCAUGCAGAGAAAGCAUUGAAAAUGACUCGAGAAGAAAGAAUAGAACAGUAUACUUUUAUCUAUAUUGAUAAACAGCCUGAAGAGGCUUUAUCCCAGACUAAAAAGAAUGUUGCCUCCAAAGCCGAAGUUAAAAAAACCCGAAGACCAAGAUCUGUGCUGAAUACUCAGCCAGAACAGACCAAUGCAGGGGAGGUGGCCUCAUCGCUAUCAAGUACUGAGAUUCGGAGGCAGAGCCAGAGGCGGCACACAAGUGUGGAAGAGGAAGAACCACCUCCUGUUAAAAUAGCGUGGAAAACUGCAGCAGCAAGAAAAUCCUUACCAGCCUCCAUUACGAUGCACAAAGGGAGCCUGGAUUUGCAGAAGUGUAACAUGUCUCCAGUUGUGAAAAUUGAACAAGUGUUUGCUCUUCAGAAUGCUACAGGAGAUGGGAAAUUUAUCGAUCAAUUUGUUUAUUCAACAAAGGGAAUUGGUAACAAAACAGAAAUAAGUGUCAGGGGGCAAGACAGGCUUAUAAUUUCUACACCAAAUCAGAGAAAUGAAAAGCCAGCGCAGAAUAUAUCAUCUCCUGAAGCAACAUGUGGUCCUACAGGCUCAGUAGAAAAGAAGCAACAGAGAAGAUCAAUUAGAACUCGUUCCGAAUCAGAGAAAUCCACUGAGGUGGUGCCAAAGAAGAAGGUCAAAAAGGAGCAGGUUGAAACAGUUCCUCAGGCUACAAUGAAGACCGGAUUACAGAAAGGUGCCAGCGAGAUUUCAGAUUCCUGUAAACCUCUAAAGAAAAGGAGUCGCGCCUCAACUGAUGUAGAGAUGACUAGUUCAGCAUACAGAGACACAUCUGACUCCGAUUCUAGAGGACUGAGUGAUCUGCAGGUAGGCUUUGGAAAGCAAGUGGAUAGCCCUUCAGCUACUGCAGAUGCAGAUGUUUCUGAUGUGCAGUCCAUGGAUUCAAGUUUGUCAAGAAGAGGCAUUGGAAUGAGUAAGAAGGACACUGUGUGUCAGAUCUGUGAGAGCUCUGGGGACUCUCUGAUUCCUUGUGUGGGAGAGUGCUGCAAACACUUUCACCUGGAGUGCCUAGGAUUGACAUCAGUCCCUGAUGAAAAGUUCAUCUGCAUGGAAUGUAAAACCGGGCAGCAUUCAUGUUUUUCAUGUAAGGUGUCUAGUAAAGAUGUGAAACGUUGUUCUGUUGGUGCUUGUGGGAAAUUUUAUCAUGAAGCCUGUGUCCGCAAAUUCCCCACUGCCAUCUUUGAAUCAAAAGGAUUCCGCUGUCCCCAGCACUGCUGCUCUGCCUGCUGUAUGGAGAAAGAUAUCCACAAAGCAAGUAAAGGCCGUAUGAUGAGAUGUUUGAGAUGUCCAGUUGCCUAUCACUCUGGAGAUGCUUGCAUUGCUGCCGGAAGCAUAUUUGUGUCCUCCUGCAUUCUCAUCUGUAGUAAUCAUUCCAAACGGAGCAGUAACUCUUCUUCUGCUGUAAAUGUAGGCUUCUGUUUCGUUUGUGCCAGAGGGCUGAUAGUUCAGGACCAUUCAGACCCCAUGUUCAGUUCAUAUGCCUAUAAGUCCCACUACCUACUGAAUGAAUCAAAUCGUGCUGAGUUGAUGAAAUUACCUAUGAUUCCUUCUUCGUCAGCUUCCAAAAAGAAAUGUGAGAAAGUUAUUAAGACUGUUUAUUUGUUUCAAGGUGGAAGAUUGCUUUGCUGUGAAUCGUGCCCAGCUUCCUUCCACCCGGAAUGCCUGAGCAUAGAAAUGCCGGAAGGCUGCUGGAAUUGUAAUGACUGUAAAGCUGGCAAGAAACUUCAUUACAAGCAGAUUGUUUGGGUCAAACUGGGAAAUUACAGAUGGUGGCCGGCAGAGAUCUGCAAUCCCAGGUCUGUGCCACUGAACAUCCAGGGCCUUAAACAUGACUUGGGGGACUUCCCUGUGUUCUUCUUCGGUUCUCAUGACUAUUACUGGGUACACCAGGGCAGAGUGUUCCCUUAUGUUGAAGGAGACAAAAGCUUUGCUGAGGGACAGACUAGUAUUAACAAGACCUUCAAAAAAGCACUGGAAGAAGCUGCAAAACGUUUCCAGGAAUUGAAAGCACAAAGAGAAAGUAAAGAAGCAUUAGAGACUGAAAAAAACUCAAGAAAACCCCCUCCUUACAAACACAUCAAAGCUAACAAAGUAAUAGGGAAGGUACAGAUCCAGGUUGCUGACCUGUCAGAGAUUCCCCGCUGUAACUGCAAGCCAGCUGAUGAAAACCCUUGUGGCUUGGAAUCAGAGUGCCUGAACAGAAUGUUGCAGUAUGAGUGUCACCCGCAGGUGUGCCCCGCUGGAGAUCGUUGUCAGAACCAGUGCUUUACGAAGAGGCUCUACCCUGAUGCAGAGAUCAUCAAAACGGAGCGAAGAGGCUGGGGCCUCAGGACCAAAAGGAGCAUUAAGAAGGGUGAAUUUGUAAAUGAGUAUGUUGGUGAAUUAAUUGACGAAGAAGAAUGCAGAUUGCGAAUCAAGCGAGCACACGAGAACAGUGUAACUAAUUUUUAUAUGUUAACUGUUACCAAGGACCGUAUAAUUGAUGCUGGCCCCAAAGGAAAUUAUUCUCGCUUUAUGAACCACAGUUGUAAUCCAAACUGUGAAACACAAAAGUGGACAGUGAACGGAGAUGUUCGAGUUGGACUUUUUGCUCUUUGUGAUAUUCCUGCAGGGAUGGAGUUAACAUUUAAUUAUAACUUGGAUUGUCUGGGCAAUGGCAGAACAGAGUGCCACUGUGGGGCGGAUAACUGCAGUGGCUUUCUAGGAGUGCGGCCGAAGUCGGCAUGUGCGUCAACAACUGAAGAGAAGGCCAAAAAUGCUAAGUUAAAGCAGAAGAGACGAAAAAUCAAAACAGAACCAAAGCAGAUACAUGAAGAUUACUGUUUCCAGUGUGGAGAUGGUGGAGAGCUGGUCAUGUGUGACAAAAAAGACUGUCCCAAAGCAUACCACCUCCUAUGCCUUAACCUGACUCAGCCGCCAUACGGGAAGUGGGAAUGCCCGUGGCAUCAGUGCGAUGAGUGCAACAGCACAGCUGUUUCCUUCUGCGAGUUCUGCCCACGUUCGUUUUGUAAAGAUCAUGAAAAGGGGGCUUUGGUUCCCUCUGCACUGGAAGGCCGUCUCUGCUGCUCUGAACAUGACCCCGUAUCUCCUGUGUCGUCAGAAUACUGGAGCAAGAUAAAAUGUAAAUGGGAAUCACAAGAUCAUGGAGAAGAAGUAAAAGAGUAAAUGGGUAGUGAUUUCUCCGCCCCCCCCUUUAUUUAAAUGAAGAGAGAAAAGCAAAAAGAUCAUGCAUUUAAAAAAAAAAAGACUGCUGCAGUGCAUACAGCCUUUGCCAUCGGAACUGCCUUGUUAAGGCGAAAAUGGGAAACUAGUUGAUGCAGGCAGAAGCAGUCGGUGGUAUCUGGUUUCCUGUUCGCUCUGUUGGUUGGGGAUUCGUUUGUGGAGGGCUAAAUUCCCUUGGUCUUUUCUUGCCUGUUACUGUGCUUCAAUGCCUUUGCAGCUGGAAGAAGAGAUAUCUUAGCUUUUGAAGUAAGAACAAAGAAAAGGAAGUUUUGUUAAUAAGAUGAAUUUAAAGUCUGAGACGUGUCACUUGGUUGUAAAAAGCAGAAUUAGCCAUCGUUCCUGUAUUUAUUUUCAUUUUUAGGAAUUCCAAGAAGUGUAGUUCAGAUUGUUUGACAGUGUGUGUGUGUGUGUGUGCGUGUGCGUGUGCGCGUGCGCGUGUGUGCGUGCGCGCGCGUGUGCGUGUUUGUGCAUGUGUGCGCGCGCGCGUGUGAAGUGGGGGCUGCAGAGAGCCCCCUAGAGGAGGGUGUGCUCAUCUCUGCACGCCUCUCUACUGAACCGUACGCAGGCUCACUCUUCCUUCCCUUCACACUGUUUUUCAUGGUCUUAGGGAAGGACUCUAUAGAAGUACUAAAUCUGGCCUCUUGAAAACAAAUGUCUCAGUAGCUUUUACCUCUGCGGUCUUAAACUAGGUGGGCUUUGUGAUAUGGUAACUUUACCUAGAAAGGCAUAUAAUGUGUUUUUUUGUUUUGGAGGGAAAAAAAAGGAAUGGAUGCCCUCACUGAUUUUGAAAUGUUUUCCAUUGACAGUGGGUUUCUUUGAUGAGGUGGGUUUGUGUGGAUAUGAAUGCAUAGUUGGAAUGGUCACACCUGUUAUCCUGACACACAGAUAAAGGUAGUUAAAGGGAGAUGAAAGGCAUAGACCAAAAGUUGAAUCAUAUAAUCCUCAUUUUCUGUCCAACUUAGUGUAGACCCUGGUCUGACUUGGAGAGAAUAAUGGGCAUUUUAUUUUCUGUCUCUGCUGCCCUCUCCUAAUCAAACAUUUCCUUUGUCAACUGACCAGUCAUGUUUCCUAGUGAAACUACACAAAUGAAUUUGAAUCAUAUUGGAAUAGAUCUUUUUGGCCGAGGUCCUAAUUCAGGUGAUGAAAGCAGUAGGGGCAUCCCCAAGUUAUAUGUAGACAAUUCCUAUUUAGUAUUAUGCAAUAUUUAAAAUUGUCCCCAUUGAAGUAAGGGGAAGAAUUACUUUUACAGGGUAUAUAAGAGCCACAUAAACACCCUUCAUCUCAGCAAGCACGUGGAGAAAGCUCCCACGAAAGUCAGUGUUAGCAAGACUGGUUGACUGUGAUACUUGAAUCUUACAGGUGCAAGUGUACCAAGAUGUCUGCCCACAAGGCUCAUUCGCACUUAAUGCUUAGAAAUGUGUAUGUUCCAGUAUUCCUUGUAUGAAAUAAGUAGGAAUGUCAGACAUUGUUGUAACACUGUACUAAGUAGAAGUCUAGGGUUAGCUUGAAUGAACAUUAACUUUCUCUGUGAAUUUUGACUGCUCACAAUUGCUGGUACCUGGUAGCACUUAUUUUCCCUCAAGAAGAACCUAGUAACCCUAUGAAGGUAGGGAGGGUAGAUGCUCUACCACGUUCCUUCAGUUGUGUUAUGUGUGUCCUGUUUUCUUAUCAAUUUAGAGCUCUUCUCCGGAAAGAAGAAAAAAAGCUGUUUUGUGCCUCUUUUUGUAUGUAAAUGUGCAAUUGUACUGGAUUUUCUCUUGUAAAACAAAAACAACACUACAAUUCCUUUACUUAAGCUCCUAAACUGCCAUUUGCCUGAUUCCAGCAAUUAAUUCUAAGGUGACUUAUUGGUCUUCCAAUAAUUCUGUUGAUUAGAUGUGGUCUCAAAAGAGCAAAAUGGAAAAUGCUAUUACAUGUUACCAAAUAUAAUUGCUACGAGUAACAUGAAAUACAGCUCACCAAAACACUAAACUUUGCUCUAGAGCAAUUAUAUAGUUUGAUGUCCUUUUAAAAAAUAAUUUAAGAAAA